ACAAUUUUAUCAUUAUAUAUUUGCAUUUUUAUUUCACUCGUAGUAAAGUACUUAUUCAACAUUUCUUUUUUAUUUAUUUAAUAAUACAAAUCGUGUGAACUACUCCAUUAAAUUAAAUUAAUCUUACAAAAUAAGUUUUAUUUUGGGCAAGUUUCCUUUUUUAUUUGAUCUUUGCUUCUGUCCAUAAAGAUAAUUCUGUGAUUUAAAAUUAUUACUUUGAAUAUUGCUUUAAAGCGGAGCGGCCGCCGCCGCCGUUCGGUGGGGUGGUGCUUCAUUGUGGAUUUGGGCUUCUCCAGCCACCUUCAUCCUUUUAUAUUCAGUUAUGCCCGCCAAGUAAAUUGAAACCCCUUCUACGUGAAAAAAAUUUACACUCAGCAACAGCGCCCGCCAUGUGUAUUCCAAUUCUUCAACACAGAAUGGAUCACCACCAGCAAAGCAAACACAGCGUCAUUCGGUCGCAGUGCUAUAAAUUUGCUGAUGCUGGUCUAUUGUUGAUGACAAUAAGACAGAUAGAUAUUUGAUAAUUUUAUAUUAAUUUAAUUAUUUUAAUUUUGUAUUCUGAUACAAAAUUUUUAUCGGUGCUGAUGGAAACAUUUGAUAAUUCUUUAGAUAAUAGGGGUUUUUCUUUUUUAGUUCUGAACAGAGUCUGAACUGUCAAAAAAAAAAAAUCUUAUUUCUUUUUUGUUCAGAGCUUCAAAAUGUGUAUCUUUUUUGAUCUCAAAUCUGUUUCAAUAUUUAUUCAGAACCCUCAGAACACGUUCAGUUCAGACUCUGUUCAUCUCAACUAAAAAAGAAAAACCCCUAAUUGAAUCCGUUCAAUUUGUUUCACGUUUUCCAUUGGCGCGUUCAAACUUGAGUCACUUUCCAUAACAAAAUUCUAAAAAAAUAACGAAAAGCUUCAAAAUACAAUAAAAUAAAAACUAACAAAUCGACGGUUAAACUUCAUAACAUCGUAAGUCGAAAAAUUCGAAAAAAAAUGUUAAUCCAAACAAUUCAGAAAAUUCAGAGCUAUCUUUUGGUAUAUUCAGUUCAACAAUGUUGUUUUGAACAUUUUUUAGGAAUGACGAAACUCAAAAGGUCGUAUUGAUAGAUCCCAUACAAAAACACAACAUAUUGUUUUUUUAUUUCUGAAAAACUUGCAAAAACGACUUACGAGGUUAUGAAGUUUAACCGUCGAAAUGCUUUAUUUUAAGUUCCUUUGGUAUCAAAAAGUUUUAAAAUAUUGUCAAAAAAUUAACGAAUACCUUAUUUUCAGUUAAAUUAGUAUCAAGAACUUUUAAAAUACUUUCAAUUGAAAGAUUAACAAAUAGUUUUAAAAUUUGUAUAUCAAUAUCAAAUGAAAAAAAACGAAUAGCUAAGGAAUACAAUGAAACAAAAGCAACCAAGUUUGUUUGAACUCAUAAUUUUACUUACAAACAAAAGCUAUUGCUAUCUUUUAAAAUAUUUGUUUUCUCAUUUUUCCACGAAAUAAAUUAAUUGUUAGUUCAAGGCAUUGAAAUACGAACAAAAAAUCCAUACUAUAUACUCUUUAAGGCCCCACUACCACUUAGCUAGCUACAGAUUUAUUAACGAGUAAUUAGCUGAACGCAUUCAUUUUUAAAGAGUUCAACUUUUCAUUUAGUUUGACGUUUACAACUCAAAAAGCCAAAGCCAAAUUUUAAUUGUGGGUGAAAACCUUAAGACUCAUUAAAGCCGAUCAAAAAUCACCAAUCCUUGACGUAAAAUAAGACCCAAAACAAGAGCUAAUAGAAGAAUCGUGAAAAAACUACAACAAGGAGUUAAAGAAAAAGACUCAUUAAAGCCGAUCAACUAUUUAAAGAUUACCAUACCUUGACGCAAAAUAAGACCCAAAACAAGAGCUGAUAGAAGAAAAUCAAAAAACUUCAACAACAUUGGUCAGGAGUUAAAGAAAAAGACUCAUUAAAGCCGAUCAACAAUUAAAAAAUCACCAUUCCUUGAGGUAGAAUAAGACCCAAAACAAGAGCUGAUAGAAGAAAAUCAAAAAACUUCAACACCAUUGGUCAGGAGUUAAAGAAAAAGGUAUGAUUUUCAAUCAAUGAUUAGAUUUUUAGUACUAGCCAUAUAUUUAUGCCACCGGGUACAAAGGGAUUAAAUCAAAAAGCUGUAAUCUUCGGGUUUUGAACAAUAAACUCUUUAUUCUCUUUCAUUGAGCAUCAAAACAUAAAGCUAGAGCAAAUCAUUUCUAUAAAAAUAAACCGAUCAGUACUGAAAACCCCUUUGUACCCACGGAAAAGUCAUAAGAAUUUGUCCACCGAAAAAUUUUAAUUGUUUUUUUUUACUUUUGGGAGCUGAUAACUCAGCAGCUUCACAAAGUCCAAACUCAUUUUACAUUAUUAUAUUGAAUCUUGAAUCUAUAUACUUUUAAAGAAACUUUGAAGAACACAUAAAACUAUAUUUCAAUUAAUACAAACUAAGCAAAAACUCAAAAAAGACAUACUGAUACCUUAUUUAAAUAGAAUCUUGAAUCUAUAUACUUAUAUGUUUGAAUUAAAGGCGUUUCUGGCUAACUUUUUCAAGCUCGCUACGCUUGUUUUUCAUUAGUUACAAAGAAAAACCUUAGAAACCAUAGGUAGCCACCCAUUGACUCUAUAUUUUACAUUAAAGCCGAUCAACUGUUUAAAAAUCACCAUUACUUGACGAAAAAUAAGACCCAAAACAAUACCCAAAGAACUUCAACAAGAUUGGUCAGGAGUUAAAGAAAAAGAAAACAACGACUUCAAAAUGGAUGCUGAAUUACCAAGUAGUGAACUUGUUGAUGGAAGUGACGUCGAAGUGAAUCUUCAAUCUGAACAAAGUUCAAUAAUUUAUAUGAACGAAAAAGGCGAAUUAUCAUUAGUCAAUCCCAAUGAUCCAAACCAAUUAAACAGGGUUGAAGUUACAGUUCAAAAUAUCAUUCCUCAAAAAGACGCUGAAACAAACGAUGAUGACUUAGAAUUAGCCAAUCUACUCAUGUCGUGGGAACUCUAUGACCAACUUUACAAAUUUCUUAAAGACAAGAAAAUCAACAUUGAGGGGUUGAAAUGCAUGAAGGAAAGACAUAUCGACCAAAUAUUCUUGGAAUUCCCAGACUUCAACACAAAAAUGAUCUUCGAGUCUAAAUUAGGAAUUUGGCAAAACGAAAAUGGAGUUUUUACUGUGAGUCCGAGGCCCGUUAAUAAAUUGACCAAUCAACACUCAGUAGAAUCGUGGGUUAACACUUUGAGUAGUCCAUCGCCAACAAGUAGUUCAUCGGAUUCUGAUGUAACUGUACUAGAAAUUUUGAAGAAAACAGAACAGGGCAGAGCAAUUUUAGAAUCCUAUCGCCUCAAAAAUUGUUUGACUCCAGAGGAUCGAACAAAUUUGGUCCACAAAAUUGUCCAAUAUUUUACUGAAAAUAAAAAGAAAAUGACGGUUAAGAGGUGUGAAAUCUUGGCAGAGGAAAUCGUAAAAAUUUUUCCUACAGAAAACUUGGGUUCGUACUUUGUUCGAGGGUUUAACAAAAUCCCCCCCAAGGGUAAACUGUACGACCGAUAUAGAGGACAACGAAGAUCUCUAAAGCAGCUCUAUAAAACUGAUCCCACGUCAUCAAAGAAAGUUAAACUGGCAGAAGUGGAAGAUAAUUCCAAAGAGGAUUGUGAUGAAGAACCAAUAAACGAGACCGAGAUGCAAAGGGUUUGCGACGAGCUGAAACAAAACCGGGACUGGGAAACAGUUACUAAACAAUGGAAACAAACUAUGCCAUUCAGGAGGGAUAUGAUUUCCCAAAGCUCUGACAUUGACCUCCAGACAGUCCUUCAGGAGUGGCCGCUUUACAAAUAUUCACGAGCGCCAGAACUGAUUGCCAUGGAUUACAAUUUUAUAAAACCGAAUAAUGGGUUCGACUUCACCAAAUGGGAACAAUUUUCGAAAAUAGCCCUAGAAUUGUUCACAGCGAGGAUCAAGUGCAGCGCUCUUAAAUCAUUCCUCAAUGAAUUCAGGGAGAAUAUUGACGACCUUGACAUAGAUAACGUCAAUAUUGGCUAUGCAACUCUGUUACAUGGAGUGUUGCCUCCAUCAUCGCAGCAGUUUAAUGGUAAAUUGAAGAAAUUUACAAUUGAAGAUUCAAAAUCAUCUUUCACUCUGGAAGUGGAAUGUGCAGGCCAGGUCGAACCUAUGCUAAAAAUAAAAAGGGAGGAAUGUUUAAAAUCGAAAACAAAACUUCAGCCCCUAAUAAUUGUUGUUGGUGAGAGAUUUCAUUAUAAUAAUUUUUAUGUGUCCUUGGACAAUAUUAUGUUUAAAUUAGAUACUUAUUUGGACUGCAUUAUUUUUUAUUUAAAGCUCGUUUAUGUAUUAAAUAUUCAAUACCCUCCACAGUGUUUUUCGGUAUGGGUUUUUAUACAAAUGUUUUUCUUUAAUAUUCAAGACGGUAAAAAAAUACCUUCUGUUUCAACUUUACUAAAUGAUAUAAAUGCAUUAAUUAAUUAA